AUGUCGGAAGCUAAGACUCAAAUUGAAUCCAUCAGGAAAUGGGUCGUCGAGCACAAGCUCCGAACUGUUGGGUGUCUGUGGCUCAGCGGUAUCACGGGUUCAAUUGCGUACAAUUGGUCUCGACCUAACAUGAAAACCAGCGUGAAGAUCAUUCACGCCAGGUUGCACGCACAGGCACUUACACUGGGAGCAUUGGCGGGAGCUGCGCUAGUAGAAUAUUAUGAUCAUAAGAAAGGAGCAAAGGCUUCAACCAGUUAA